GACACCACAGAACAAGCAGGAGAGAGUUGUCUCUUGUGCCUGUAGUAGAAGGAGCUUUGACCUCUGACAUCUGUUCAGUUGGUAAUUUUGUGUGUAAUUUUUAUCCCACCUGGGUAGAUUGACAAAAUGAGCGACGCUGAGAUGGAGAUAUUUGGAGCUGCAGCACCAUACCUCCGCAAAUCCGAAAGGGAAAGGAUUGCCGCGCAAAAUGUGCCUUUUGACGCCAAGACAGCUGUCUUUGUGCCCGACCCGAAGCAGGAGUACGUCCGUGGGAAAAUCCUGAGCCAAGAUGGCACCAGAGUCACCGUGGAGACUGAGAUUGGAAAGAUCACUACAGUGCUGUUGGAUGACAUUCGCCCCAUGAACCCGCCAAAGUUUGACAAGAUAGAGGACAUGGCUCUGCUGACACAUCUCCACGAACCGGCUGUGCUCUUCAACCUCAAGGAGCGUUAUAGGGCCUGGAUGAUUUAUACUUACUCUGGGCUCUUCUGCGUUACUGUGAAUCCCUACAAAUGGCUUCCAGUCUAUAACCCUCAGGUCGUAGCUGGAUACCGUGGGAAGAAACGUCAGGAGGCACCUCCACACAUCUUCUCCAUCUCUGACAAUGCUUACCAGUACAUGCUCACAGACCGUGAGAACCAGUCUAUUUUAAUCACUGGGGAAUCAGGUGCCGGGAAGACAGUCAACACAAAGAGAGUCAUCCAGUAUUUUGCAACAAUUGCAUCCAUCGGAGACUUGAGCAAAAAAGAGCAUCUUCCAGGAAAAGCAAAGGGGACUCUAGAGGAUCAAAUCAUUCAGGCCAAUCCUCUGCUGGAAGCUUUUGGGAAUGCCAAGACUGUGAGGAAUGACAACUCCUCUCGAUUUGGAAAAUUUAUUCGCAUCCAUUUUGGAACAAAAGGGAAAUUAGCAUCAGCUGACAUUGAAACCUACCUUUUGGAAAAGUCCAGAGUAACAUUCCAACUACCAGCAGAGAGGAGCUAUCACAUCUUCUAUCAGAUCCUGUCAAACAAGAAGCCAGAUUUAAUUGAGAUGCUGCUGAUAACAACCAAUCCAUAUGACUAUCCUUUCAUCAGCCAGGGUGAAAUCACUGUGCUGAGCAUCAAUGAUACAGAGGAGCUUCUGGCUACGGAUAGUGCCAUUGACAUACUGGGCUUCAACACAGAGGAAAAAGUAGGGAUCUACAAGCUGACUGGUGCUGUGAUGCAUAACGGGAACAUGAGGUUUAAACAGAAACAAAGGGAGGAACAGGCAGAGCCCGACGGCACAGAGGUUGCUGACAAAGUGGCCUAUUUGAUGGGUCUGAACUCUGCUGACCUACUGAAAGCUCUGUGUUACCCUCGGGUGAAAGUUGGAAAUGAGUAUGUCACCAAAGGUCAGACUCCACAGCAGGUCAACAACGCCAUGGGUGCUCUGUCCAAGGCCGUGUACGAGAAGCUAUUCAUGUGGAUGGUGACGAGGAUCAACCAGCAGCUGGACACCAAACUACCGAGGCAGCAUUUUAUUGGGGUCCUGGACAUCGCAGGGUUUGAGAUCUUUGAGAUGAACAGCUUGGAGCAGCUCUGUAUCAACUUCACCAACGAGAAGCUGCAACAGUUUUUUAACCACCAUAUGUUCGUCCUGGAGCAGGAGGAAUACAAGAAGGAAGGGAUUGUGUGGGAGUUUAUUGACUUUGGCAUGGACUUGGCCGCCUGCAUCGAGCUCAUUGAGAAGCCAAUGGGUAUUUUCUCGAUUCUCGAAGAAGAGUGCAUGUUUCCAAAAGCAACAGACAGCUCCUUCAAGAACAAGCUGUUCGACCAACAUCUGGGGAAAAACAGCAUCUUCCAGAAGCCCAAACCUUCCAAAGCCAAGACGGAGGCUCACUUCUCGCUCAUGCACUACGCUGGCACCGUGGACUACAACAUCAGCGGCUGGCUGGAAAAGAACAAGGACCCACUGAAUGACACCGUGGUGCAGCUCUACCAGAAGGCCUCGCUUAAGCUUCUCUCGCUGAUCUUUGCCACGUACGCUGGUGAUGCUGGAAAUAAGAAAAUCUCCAAAAGGAAAGGCUCGUCCUUCCAGACAGUUUCUGCACUAUUUAGGGAAAACCUCAACAAACUGAUGGCCAACCUUAGGUCCACACAUCCACACUUUGUGAGAUGCAUCAUCCCAAAUGAGACCAGGACACCAGGCUCCAUGGACCACCACCUGGUCCUUCACCAACUGCGCUGUAACGGCGUACUGGAAGGGAUCAGGAUCUGCAGGAAGGGCUUCCCCAGCAGGAUCCUCUAUGGUGAUUUCAGGCAGAGAUACAGGAUUCUGAACGCCAGUGCGAUCCCAGAGGGGCAGUUUAUCGACAGCAAGAAAGCUUCAGAGAAACUGCUGGCCUCUAUUGAUGUAGACCACGCCCAGUACAGAUUCGGAUACACCAAGGUGUUUUUCAAAGCUGGCCUUCUGGGUCUACUGGAGGAGAUGAGGGAUGAACGACUGGCUGUGCUGAUGACUCGAAUCCAGGCUGUGGCCAGAGGCUACGUCACCAGGCUAAGGUUCAAGGAGAUGUCCAAGAAAAGAGAGUCCAUUUUCAUCAUUCAGUACAACAUUCGCUCUUUCAUGAACGUGAAGAACUGGCCCUGGAUAAGGCUUUUCUUCAAGAUAAAGCCGCUGCUACGGAGCGCAGAAGCCGAGAAGGAGAUGCAGAUGAUGAAAGAAGAGUUUGCGCGACUUAAGGAGGAGUUCUCAAAGUCAGAAGCAAGGAGGAAGGAGCUGGAGGAGAAGAUGGUGAUGAUGGUCCAGGAGAAAAACGACCUUUACCUUCAAAUCCAAGCAGAGAGGGAGAGCCUUUGCGAUGCUGAGGAGCGAUGCGAAGGUCUGAUAAAGAGCAAGAUCCUCAUGGAGGCCAAAGUCAAAGAGUUCUCUGAGAGGAUGGAGGAAGAGGAGGAGAUCAAUGCGGAAAUCACUGCAAAGAAGAGGAAGCUGGAGGACGAAUGCACGGAGCUCAAAAGAGACAUUGAUGACCUGGAGCUUACUAUCACCAAAGUGGAGAAGGAAAAAUAUGCCACAGAAAAUAAGGUGAAGAAUUUGGUAGAGGAGCUGACGACUCUUGAGGAAAAUGUAUUGAAGUCCUCAAAGGAGAUGAAAGCGCUGCAGGAGGUGCACCAGCAGACGUUAGACGACCUUCAGGCCGAGGAGGAGAAGGUAAACUCACUGAUGAAGACCAAGAUGAAAUUGGAGCAACAGGUGGAUGAUCUGGAAGGCUCGUUGGAGCAUGAGAAGAAGAUUCGAGCAGACUUGGAAAGAUCUAAAAGAAAAUUGGAGGGUGAUCUCAAGCUGUCCCAGGAAACCAUCAUGGACAUGGAGAAUGAUAGACAGCAGAUGGAAGAAAGGCUGAACAAAAAAGACUUUGAUAUCAGCAAUCUGCAGUCCAGAGUUGAGGAUGAACUAGUCCUUGACACUCAGCUACAGAAGAAGAUUAAAGAGCUGCAGGCCCGCAUCGAGGAGCUGGAGGAGGAAGUGGAGGCCGAGCGCGCAGCUCGAGCCAAGGUGGAGAAGCAGAGGGGCGACCUGUCCAGAGAGCUCGACGAGAUCAGCGAGAGGCUGGAGGAGGCCGGAGGAGCCACCGCGGCCCAGGCCGAGCUCUACAAGAAGCGCGAGGUGGAGUUUCAGCGGCUGCGACGCGACCUGGACGAGUCCACGCUGCAGCACGAGUCCAUCACGGCAACGCUACGCAAAAGAUACGCAGAGAGCGCCGCAGAGCUCAGCGAUCAGAUAGACAACCUGCAAAAGGUCAAGCAGAAACUGGAGAAAGAGAAGAGCGAGCUGAAGAUGGAGAUCGAUGACGUGACGAGCAACGUGGAGACGGUUGUAAAAAGCAAGGUCAAUCUUGAGAAGCAGUGUCGAAGCCUUGAAGAUCAAAUGAAUGAAUACAAAAGCAAAGCAGAUGAAUCCCAGAGAUCUCUGAGUGACUACACGGCACUCGCUGCUCGCCUACAGACAGAAAACGGUGAUCUCACACGUCUCCUGGAGGAGAAAGACAAUGCGCUGUCCCAGCUGAGCAGAGUCAAAACGCUGGGAACUCAACAAAUUGAAGAGUUAAAGAGGCUUUUGGAUGAAGAAAUUAAGGCAAAAAACGCCUUCGCUCACAGUCUGCAGUCGUCUCGCCACGACUGCGAGCUUCUCAGGGAGCAGUACGAGGAGGAGCAGGAGGCCAAGGCCGAGCUGCAGCGCUGCCUGUCCAAGGCCAACAUGGACGUGGCUCAGUGGAGAACCAAAUACGAGACGGACGCCAUCCAACGCACCGAGGAGCUGGAGGAGGCCAAGAAGAAGCUGGCCCAGCGGCUGCAGGAGUUCGAGGAAAUGACAGAAGUUGCAAAUGUCAAAUGCGCAUCGCUGGAGAAAACCAAGCAGAGGCUGCAGGCCGAGGUGGAGGACCUCAUGGUUGAGCUGGAAAGGUCCAAUGCAGCCAAUGCCACACUGGACAAGAAGCAGAGGAACUUUGACAAGGUUCUGGCUGAAUGGAAACAAAAAUAUGAGGAGAGUCAGUCGGAACUGGAGAUCUCACAGAGAGAGUCCAGAGUGCUGAGCACAGAGGUUUUCAAGAUGAAAAACUCAUACGAAGAAGCUUUGGAUCACCUGGACAACAUCAAGCGGGAGAAUAAAAAUCUUCAGCAGGAAAUUGCUGAUAUAACAGAUCAAGUUGGAGAAUCUGCUAAAACUAUCCAUGAGUUGGAGAAAGCUGCUAAGCAACUGGAACAUGAAAAAAGAGAGACGCAGACAGCUCUGGAGGAAGCUGAGUCUUCCCUGGAACAGGAGGAAGCCAAAACCCUGAACCUGCAACUGGAGCUCAACCAGAUCAAGUCGGAGAUGGAAAGAAAGGUGACGGAGAAAGAUGAGGAAAUGGAGCAGCUCAAACGAAACCACCAGAGGACGGUGGACACCGUUCAAGCCACGCUGGACGCCGAAACGCGCAGCAGAAACGACGCCGUCCGGAUGAAGAAGAAGAUGGAGGGGGAUCUGAACGAGAUGGAAAUCCAACUGGGACACGCCAACCGGCAGGCGGCUGAGGCCACCAAACAGCUGCGAAACCUGCAGACUCAGCUCAAGGACACCCAAGUCCACCUGGAUGAGGCCCUCCACAGUCAGGAGGACCUGAGGGAGCAACUCGCGAUUGUAGAGCGCCGCAACAAUCUCAUGAUGGCGGAGAAUGAGGACAUGAGGGCAGCACUGGAACAGUCUGAGAGGAGUCGGAGGCUGGCGGAGCAGGAGCUGAUGGACGCCAGCGAGAGGGUCCAGCUGCUGCACUCCCAGAACACCAGCCUGUUGAACACUAAGAAGAAGAUGGAGUCUGACAUAGCUCAGCUGCAGACGGAGAUGGAGGAUGCCGUCCAGGAGGGAAGAAACGCAGAUGAGAAAGCCAAGAAAGCCAUCGUGGAUGCUGCAAUGAUGGCGGAGGAACUGAAGAAAGAGCAGGACACCAGUGCACACUUGGAGAGGAUGAAGAAAAACCUGGAGUCCACAGUGAAGGACCUGCAGCAACGCCUGGAUGAGGCCGAGCAGAUGGCUCUAAAAGGGGGAAGAAAGGAGCUUCAGAAGCUCGAAAAAAAGGUUGCUGAGCUGGAAAAGGAACUGGAAGCUGAACAGAGACGCAGCAGCGAGGCUAUGAAAGGCUUGAGGAAAUAUGAAAGGAAAAUUAAAGAGCUCACUUAUCAGAGCGAAGAGGAGAAGAAGAAUGCAGGAAGGUUGCAGGACUUGGUCAACAAGCUGCAGCUGAAAGUCAAAGCAUACAAGAGGCAGUGUGAGGAGGCGGAGGAACAGACCAGCGUCAAUCUGGCUAAAUAUCGGAAAGUGCAGCACGAGCUGGAGGCAGCUGAGGAGCGAGCCGACGUUGCAGAAUCCCAGUUGAAUAAAUUACGGGCCAAGAGCCGUGAUGUAACUGGUAAAGCUGAGUAGAAUAUAUAGUAUAAUACAGUAUAGCAGCCAUAACUAGUGUAAUAUGUUUGUGCUGACUGUGGUGCGAAAUUUGCAGCUGUGUUUUGUAUUUUGACCUUUCAUUUGCAUUUGUAUAUAAUCUCAUUUCUCGUCCUCGGGCUACGUUCUCAUUGUAGAUUUCGCUUUUCAUUUCAGCAAAAUUUCUUUUUUUUACUAAUUGAAUCAACCCUGAUUAUCUUUGUGCAUCUAAAAGAGGGUUGUUACUAUGGCGACGUGAAUGUGGUGCGUAGUAUCAGCUGAUUAAUCUAUUAUCAGACAAUACAUUGCAUUGUUUUUUUUUAUAUAUCAUACUAAGAAUGAAUCUGCAAUAAACUAUAGUGGGGUAAAAGUAUGCAUUUACAUGUACUUGUACAUUAAGUAAGUAUUUACUGUACACAGGACACUAAAAUCUAUGUUUGAUUUACAAAAAAUCAUUAAUAACAUGGUUCUUAUGUUUUGGCCAAUUUUUUAAAAAAUUUAUAUUCAGUUUCAAAUAUUUCUUUCUAUAUUUUCUACAUUUUCUUUCAACACUGAUAGCUGUUGCUGUAGCUGACAAUAUAAAACAGUUUAGUAUGUGUUUACAUUAUUUGAUUAAAUGAUAAAACCUGUGAAUUCUUCUCAUUUUUCUUAUCUACAGUAUAUGCAUCAAGAAUAAUUUCUUAUGAAACACAAACUAUAAUCUAAAUAUAGUAUUACAGUUCACACUUCGCUCACUCCUGAUAAUGUAAUGAGAUUUUCACUUCCAGACUUGUCGUUCACGCUGCAUUAAGAAUUAUGGAAAGAACAGAAAUUUGAUUUUCUAGUCUUCUUUUUGUGUACUGUAUUUUUGGGGAUUUUGACUUUGCGUGUGUGCUUGUGUGGAUUUCUUGUGUUAAAUAGACUACAGAUGUAAAGCAAAUAUAAGUGAGGUAGAUAGUCUGUAAUACUUUGAAUUGAGUAAACAAAGUAUUCUUGUAGUAAUAAUAAGUUUAAUAAUACACGGCUUUCCACUAAGAUGCAGACAGUUCUAUGUCAUAACUAUAACUCAAAAAAAGAUAUCUGAUUUAAUAGUAAUGCAAAAACACAUAUUGCUACAGUAUUUUGCACACUACUGUUGAAUAAUAUGUUAAUAUUUGUUAACAAUAUUUAAUUGUUAAUGUUUAUUGUACAGUAGCUUUUUUAUGGCUCAGUGGGUUGGCGGUUCAUGGAAGGGCCAUCAAGCAUUUGUUAUCAAAGGAUGUAAAGAGGUGGAAGAGGUGUUUAUUUAUGUCUGACAUUGGCUUGUGAUAUUCAUGUGGGGAGAUGCCAUGCAUUUAUGAGUUUUUUUUACCAGUUUGCAUGUAAACAAGACACAGUGGGAGGCCAGCCCUAGGCAAUGCUUGUAUGUAAGUAGGCUUUGUCUUGUCAUCCUUUGAAUGGAUAUUCAAUAUGUCUUAGUGUUAUGUAGCCUGGUUCACCUCACGUCGGCACAGUGAUGAUCUCCAGUAGAUGUCUUUAUAAGACGAUUUUCACAACAAUUUGAGCAUUGUAGAAUUCCCUGCAGACCACCUCUUUUGGUGCGUUUAGAAUUGUACAGGUGUACCUAAUAAAUCGGUCAGUAACUGUAAAUAGGUUUAGGUUAUGAUACAGCUUUAGGGGUGACCAUUGCUCUUUAGAAUAAUAAAUAAGGACAACUACAUCUAAAGUUUAAGAGAACAAUUCAAACUAGGAAAUGAGUGGAAGAAGAAAAGUAUAUAAAGUACUACCUAUCUAAUGUCUUACAUUACUAGAUGCUUGCAAAUCAAGACACUUUUUUAGAUGCACCAGAUAAGAAUUCAAAUUAUUUAUUUGAAUAAAUGUAGAAUUUGCGUUACAUUAAACUGGCUGUUAACUCGCCAGCUAGGAGUAAUGACAUAGAAACCAAUAAGACCAGUAUGAACCCACCAUAGCACCUGUUUGACUCUCAAAAUCUUCAAUUUGCUAUCAGUCUUUAGGCCUUAAAAUGUUGCCAGGUCUGUGUUUGACUGUAUUUUAGUUUACAUGUUUUCAGUGUUUUUCAUGUUUCAGUUUUCUGCCACAGUUUGAAAAAUGAAUGUCAUGGAUUCAAUAAAUCAAAGCAUUUCUUCAUCUGGAUCCA